AUGGAUCCUAAUGGCUUCUCCAAUCAUUGGGGGUAUCCACCACCAUCCGGGUGGUAUUACCCCGCGACUCCCUACAGCAAUCAAGGAGGAGAAGACUAUGGAUUCGGGUUCCAGUACCAACCCCCUUUCUACGGAGAACAACCAGACCCCUGGGCAUAUCAAGAACAAUCUCCUUAUCAAGAAGAAUUUUUCCCACAACCAGGAGGGCCAUCGGAUCUGGAGUUACCCAUGGCGGCCUUCACGGGCCAUUCUGCAGAGCCAUGCUACACUCCACAGCCAGAUCCAAACUAUGAAUUGAGGCUUCUCGUGGAGCAGAUUGCUCGAGUACCUGAGAGAUCUUUUCCCGAGAUGGAUCCUCAUAUCCAGGCCAUUGCCCAAACUGACUUCUCCUACCGUGAAACAGAGGAGACCCUCCUGAGCAUAAAGAAGAGCCUCGAGGAUCUUGAGAAAGCUUAUGCACAACCUGCUCAAGAUCACCCUUCUGCUAUCAUACUAGAAGAGGAGGAGGAAGACGAAGGCUACAAGGAUAUUGUGGAGCAGACAGAAGUUUUCACGAAAAGCUCUCGUGAUGAUCAUGAUCAGGAAUUUCCUGCCGUAGCCGACCACACCUUCCCACAUCCCAAACUGAGCUUUGAAGAGGCGGGCAUGAGUGAGGAGAUGCAAGAAAAUCUCAUGAAAGAAAUUGCUUGGCAACUUGCUCUCCAAUCCGUGCUAGAAGAAGAAGAGCGAGAAAGGGUGCAGAAAGAAGUAGUGGAGGAUGAAGAAAGUGAAGCAGGAGGAGUUCUUGAUCUUUUCCCAGGGGUGAUAUCACAUGAAGAAGAAAGGGAGGUUGAAGAAGCAAUUGGCGUCCAGGCUGAGGACGGAGUUAAGGUGGAAGAGGCCUGCACCGGCCAUGAGUUACAUGUGAUAUCUCCACCAAACUUCGAGGAGCUGCUUGGCAAGGACCCAUUUGCAGUCUCUCUUUGCCAGACCAAGGCCACAUCGACAUCGGUCCCUCUUGGUGGACGCGAUGGUGGCCAAUCGAUGAUGUCAUAUCUGGUUUGGGGCAAUGAGACGAGAGAAGAGAAGAAGAGGUCUCGAGGGUGGAGACUUCAUCUGCAUCAAGUACAUGAGCCUUCAUCACCUGCCACACCACAUGCUCGUGACUUGAGACUCCACCUCAUCGACGAGAACCUCAACUUCAAGGAGGUUCUAGCAUGGACUGAAACUUAG